AUGGCUGUCGAUUAUAGGCAUGGAAUUGCAAUCUUCAGUCUGAUCGUCUAUCUCCCUUGCUUCUUCGUCGCAGUUUAUGUUGCACUACGACAUGGCUUUGCAAAGUCAGCGGGAUGGUUCUUCCUCGUCGUGCUCUCCUUGGUCCGCGUUGUCGGCUCAUGCUUGGAGUUGGCAACCAUAGCAAAUCCCACCGAAGGUCUUUUUACGGCUGCAGCGGUGUGUAAAUCUGUUGGAAUAUCCCCGUUAAUCUUAGCCUGCAUCGGCCUCCUGCAAAGAGCAAACAACUCUAUAAUAAAUAGAGGCCGGAAGGGAGCUCCCCCCAUUUUAUUCCGCGUGAUCGGGCUCCUGGUGUUAGUCGGCCUUAUUCUCAGCAUCGUCGGUACCACCAGCCAGGAUAACGGUGUCAUGUACAAGCCAAACGGAAAGAGCAAAGCAUCCAUCUGCAUUACUCUCGGAGUAUGGGUUUGCACCGUCGGUUUAGUCUUUAUUAUCAAUAGCAACAAGCAUAACCUUCCCGCGGGGGAAAAGAGACUCCUGCUUGCAGUUGCAAUCUCUCUCCCAUUCGUCCUUAUCCGCUUGAUAUACAGCUUGAUCAGCGCUUUCAGCCAUAGUCCCAGGUUCAGCAUUGUUUCCGGCAACGUUACCAUCUACUUGGUCAUGGCUCUGCUGGAAGAGAUGGUCGUUGUUAUCACCUGUCUUGCCGUUGGAGUUACCCUACAGCCAGACGGAGUUGCAGCAGGCAGGGGUGAGCCUGGAUCAGCCGAAGAAGAGAUGAAGGUUUUCCAAGAAGCGCGUGACAAUGGGUAUGGACAAAGUGUUCCUGCUCCUUAUACCCGUUGA